UACAAAUACUAACGUGUAAGAUAAAUAACAUAACAAGUAAUUUAGAAUAUUUCGUACUAAACUAACUACUUAUCAAGAUCACACAUUUCUUAUAAAAAUAACUGAAAUGGGCGAAUGGUUAAAUUAAUAACAAAUCAAUUCGAGUGGCUUAACUUUCAAGCUAAAGAUAAUAGAAAUUGUGUCAAAAUGCAACGUCGCCUCAACAAAAAACUGUCCGACAACUUACGACAUCGCGACCGUAGUGGUGGUGGUGGACACAAGAAAGAUAAGCCACAUCGAAACAAGGAAAGGACUGCUUCUCCUCCAACGGGCAGUGAAACCGCGCUUCCUCCUCCACCCCCAAGGAAAAGGGACACAGAAUAUGAUCAAGUUGACGAAGAUGAAGAUGAUAACGACGCCGGGGAUGAUAAUGCUUCUUUAAUGACAAAUAGCAUGACGUACCCUCGAUCCCCUGACCUUUUGCCGCUCGACGACCGAGAAUUUGAACAAGAAUUUGGUCAAGAACUGUUGGACAAGGUGUUCCACGAUGCAGACCGAGGGAGUCAGCAUGACCUGCCGCAACGAAAUUCCAAGUCGAGGGGAGGGGUCGAAGUACAAUUUCUGAAUGAAAGGAUGGCAGCAUUUCUUCCCGGAAUGGACAGCAGUGAUUCUCAAUUAAGAAAAGAGGACGACCAGGUUCCGAGGAGCAGGGCUUCUUCUCGAGGGUCAAGUUUGUCGACAAGGGCGAAAAAUUCUGGUACCGUGUCGCCAUCAAAGUCCAGACGCAUUUCUCCUUCGAGAAGUGCAGCUGUGAGUAAAGGGUUCAUCGUGAGUGAGAUUAAUGAUGAGGAGGAGCCACCAGCUGGGGGAUGGAGCCAAGGUCAGACCUAUUAUUACGAGGCAGCCGCACCCGGCGCAUCAAAGGGGAAGCAGAACGUUUAUGAAAUUGAGGAGGAAGAGGAGGAAAUAAUUGCUCCAGGCAGUAAAACUAAAAGCAAUGACAACUUCAACUAUCCUUCUCCUGAGCAGGACGAGGAGGAUGACGAGUACGAAGAUGAAGACGUUGGACCUUUCCCACCACCAGUGCAAAGAUCGAAAUCUUCGUUAUACUCGAAAAAACAAACAUCGUCGAAACGAAUUUCUAACAACAAUAGAAGAAGGGAGAGUAGCGACUCGUUACGUAACACGAGUAUGGCCUCCUUGCUGGGCGACUCUUCCAGGACGAGGUUGGGCCGGUCAGCAUCAUUCGAUCGAGGCGGUGGUUCUGCUUCAAGUCUUCGUUCAACUUCACGGGAUAGUUUUGGGAGGAGAGCGGCAUCUCGAAAAUUUAAUGAGGACCUUAUCGGCGCCGAGUCUGCACUUCAGAACGAUAUCGAGGUUGGAUAUCAACGUUCUUCCCCACGACUUGGUGGAGGUGGACGAUCAUCCGGGUCACGUCGUUCCUUCUCCCGAGAAGUUACCGCACUUCCGAUCGAAAUUCCAGACUCGGUCACGGACGAGGCCACCUUUCGUCGUUAUCUUUCUCAAAACUCUUACGAAUCGGUAGGAGCCGGAGGACCCAGUCGCGUCCCUCCAUCGAUGGCUGUAAAUAAGGCUUCGGCAGCCAGCGCAAGAGCUGAAGCCAAUAGAAAAUCGUCCUGUUUAUGUUUUGCAAUCGUCUCACUCGCACUUUUAUCCGCAUCAGCGUCACAACUCAGAUAUGUCGUGGCGUAUUCUAAAGCACAUGCUUAUCCUGCUCUCAAUUACUUUCUUAUAUGUGUCUCCAUCCUUAUCGAAAUCGUGGCUGGAGUCGGUUACGUAAUUAUUUCAAGAAUGCCAGCGACAGAUACUCGUGUCGAUAAUGUCGUUGGGGUUUUAAUAGCUGGACUUUUUGUAGUAGCAAUUAAUAACGUUAUAAUCUCCGCGUUUGCAUUCGAUGACCAUGUCUGCGAAGUUUUAGCUAAAAAAACAGGAAUGCUUGAUGUAAUAGACCAAUCGCCGAAACAAAAUAUUAUGCAAACCGAUUUAAGCAAUAAAUAGAAUGUAAAAUUGAAGCAAAAUUUGAGUGAUCUUGGAAAGUAGUCCAGUUUUUAGCGUUAUUAUAAUUUGAAGUUUCUACUCUAGUUAAAUAUUUAUAUAAUAUGUAUGUAAUUCUGCGUAUUAAUUACCAUAAUGACUAAUUAAUUAUAUAUUU